AGGGGAGGCAAAGCAUUGAGUACCACGACGACUGCUGACUCGGAUGGACAUUAUUAGUGAUCUACUAAGAAUAUUUCAUCUCUAAUAUUUAUUUUGCCCGAACACAAAAGAGGCAUGUACCAGGAGAAUUCAUAACGCAAAACGGUUCGGAGGUUGAUUUUUCAUGCCCUGGUUUUUGAGGGGAGCCUACGCCUGACCAAGCUUUCUUCCCCCGUCAACAGAAUUUUGUAUAUGUAUAUAGCGACCACAGACUCAAAUAUCUUUUCAAGAUGAUGAAAGAAUUGACAGUUGCUGCUCUCGUUGUGUUGGCUCUAUCAAGUGCAUUUGCUUCACCUCUCCUUGAAUCCCAGCUUCGUUUUCAUUCUGAUGUCGCAGAACUUAUUGCAGAUAUAUUCAAAAACGGAGGAUUGAAAAGAAACAAACCGCCAAAUUUUACGGCUAAAUUGGCACAAAUGCACGCUGUUGCAGGAAUGGGCAAACGGACUAUAGAAAAAGAAGAUAUAGCGAAAAACCUUCGGUUGUUGAGAGCAUUAAGUAAUGAGUUUGAUCUCAGUGAUGGGAAGUCAAUACAGGAAAGAAGACCGAAUCUCAGUCAGGAUGAGCUUUAUGGCGAAGAUGUCCAUCCUUUCCAAGACACAGUGAAUUGGUGAGAACAUCCAGCACCACUACAUCGCCCCCAGCAUCUUAUACUACAGAUGGAUGCCCUCUUUAAGAAGGACUACCAACACCCUCCUACGCACCCCGUCUCUCACCCAUACACAGUUCCAGUCCUUCUUAUUACAGCGCAUUUUUCAAAAGACGCCCAAGACGCUCAACAAUCGUAGUAUACAAAACAAUAUUAGUCAUUUGGUCUUGAUAAUCGUCCUUAUGAUACACCCCUAGUGUGUUUUUUUAUGAAUGCAUCGUGCAUUGCACAGAAGCAUAUCUGGAGCUUUAUCUAUCUCACGCCCAUAACAUGUGAUAUAGUAAAAUUUAAAAAAAAAA